GGAGACCCCGUAGCGGGGGCAGGUGCGCGCGCAGCGGCCGUUGGCGGCGCUGAGGGAGCGCGAGCGCGCGGCCCCCGGGAGCCGCCGCCAUGAACAGCGUGGGAGGCGCCGACGAGAUCGGAAAACUGUUUGUGGGUGGCCUGGACUGGAGUACAACACAAGAAACUCUUCGUAGCUACUUCUCCCAGUAUGGAGAAGUUGUAGACUGCGUAAUAAUGAAAGAUAAAACAACAAACCAGUCUCGAGGAUUUGGAUUUGUCAAAUUUAAAGAUCCCAACUGUGUGGGAACAGUACUGGCCAGUAGACCUCAUACGUUAGAUGGCCGAAAUAUUGAUCCAAAGCCAUGUACACCUAGGGGGAUGCAGCCCGAACGGACACGGCCAAAGGAAGGAUGGCAGAAAGGAUCCAGGAGCGAUAACAAUAAAUCAAAUAAAAUUUUUGUUGGUGGGAUUCCUCAUAACUGUGGCGAGACUGAGCUCAGGGAAUACUUCAAGAAAUUCGGAGUGGUCACUGAAGUUGUAAUGAUCUAUGACGCAGAGAAACAGAGGCCCCGAGGUUUUGGAUUUAUUACUUUCGAGGACGAACAAUCAGUGGACCAGGCUGUCAACAUGCAUUUUCACGACAUCAUGGGCAAAAAAGUGGAGGUGAAACGCGCGGAACCUCGGGAUAGCAAAAGCCAAACUCCAGGGCCGCCCGGUGCCAGUCAGUGGGGAAGCAGGAUCAUGCCGAGCGCUGCCAAUGGCUGGGCAGGUCAGCCCCCUCCUACCUGGCAGCAAGGCUACGGCCCUCAAGGGAUGUGGGUGCCAGCUGGACAGGCGAUUGGUGGAUACGGACCACCUCCUCCAGGCAGAGGAGCUCCUCCACCGCCACCACCAUUUACCUCAUACAUAGUCUCUACGCCUCCUGGGGGAUUCCCACCUCCGCAAGGAUUUCCACAGGGCUAUGGCACCCCUCCACCAUUUAGUUUUGGUUAUGGUGCUCCUCCUCCUCCACCUGACCAGUUUGCCCCACCUGGAGUACCCCCUCCACCUGCCACUCCAGGGGCAGCACCACUAGCUUUUCCACCACCACCACCACCAUCUCAGGCAACUCAGGACAUGAGCAAACCCCCAACUGCUCAGCCAGAAUUCCCUUACAGUCAAUUUGGGUAUGGACAAGACUUGAGUGGUUUUGGACAAGGUUUCUCUGAUCCCAGCCAGCAACCCCCUCCCUACGGAGGCCCCUCGGUGCAACCAUCCAGUGGCCCACCUGCAGGAGGAAGCGGGUUUGGACGAGGACAGAACCACAACGUGCAAGGAUUUCACCCCUACAGGCGCUAGCGUGGGCUGGCAAUCAGGGAGUUCUGUCCCCACGGGGGGCCUGGGACCAGGCGAGCCCAGGAGCCCCAGACUUCUGAACUUGUGACAAUCACAUACUUGAUGGAAGAAAAACCUAACAACAUUUUUUUGGGGGGUGGGGGAGAUGGCUUCUGAAGGCAACGCUGUGGGUGUUUGGACUGCAGUUUUUAAAUAUUUUCCUUUCUCUAACCCAUCAGCACAAAUAAAGAAAAUGUCACUGGUUCAAACUACAGGGUUUUAAAAAUGUCUUCAGCUUUAAUUCAAAAACUUCAGGUUUCUUUUUUUUGAAAUUAUUUUUCCUGAGCCUUUGUUUUACCGUAUAUUGUAAACUUUUAUGUUUAAAAGAAAAAAAAAUAUA